AUGUUAAAGAAUGACCGAGUCGCCAUCUUACAACCUACUCUCCAUCCAACUUCCGAGGAACUCGCCAUUGGCAACGUUAAAUUCACUACUUUCGAUCUGGGUGGACAUCAACAAGCUCGCCGUCUCUGGAAGGACUAUUUCCCGGAAGUCUCAGGUAUCGUUUUCCUCGUCGACGCGAAGGACCACGAGCGUCUCUCCGAAUCGAAAGCCGAACUCGAUGCCCUUUUGAGCAUGGAGGAGCUCUCGAAGGUCCCGUUCGUCGUCCUGGGUAACAAGAUUGACCAUCCGGAUGCGGUCAGUGAGGAUGAGUUAAGACAUCAAUUAGGCCUGUACCAGACUACUGGCAAGGGCAAGGUUCCUCUUGAGGGUAUCAGGCCUAUUGAGGUCUUUAUGUGCUCAGUCGUUAUGCGACAGGGCUAUGGCGACGGUAUCAGAUGGUUGUCACAAUAUGUUUAG